CGGCCAACUCCUCGGCCCAGCUUACAUCAGAGCCGGGGGGUCGGAAGGUGAGGUCUUAUUUCCUGUGCAUGCCAGCCGCCCCUUAGUCCCUCUUGCCCCGGGUGCGCCCUAGUCCUGCGACGGGCCUGACAGCGGAAGGGUUAACUCGGCGCUGCCGCCGAGAGUCGCGUCCUAGAGAGCCUUGGAAGGCGAGAGUCCCCGGCUUCCGGUCCCCGGCUUCCGGUCCCCGGCUUCCGGUCCCCGGCUUCGGCGCGCGCCUGGGGAGGGGACGGCUACCGGUUGAAGUCAGAGGCUGGGACACCGGCUGCGCGCCUGGGUGCGGAUCGGGUCGCGUGCGGAGGACGCAGGGGACGCCGGGGUGCGGCGGCCGGGAAGGGGGGCGAGGCCCGGGGAUGGCCAGAGAGUCGAAGUGCAGCGCCGCCUUGGACGCCCACACUGCAGAGGAGCGGCCAGGGCUCCUGACCGGCGUUCGGACGGUGAAGGUGGAGGAGGAGGACGGCUCGUACCCGGCCGCCGCGGCGGGCGCGCCCUGCAGCCCUGCCCCCGGCACCGAACGCUCCCGCCGGCGCUUCCGGAGCUUCCGCUACCCCGAAGCCGAGGGGCCCCGCGAGGCCCUCACCCGGCUCCGGGAGCUGUGCCGACGCUGGCUGCGCCCCGAGACCCACAGCAAGGAGCAGAUCCUGGAGCUGCUGGUGCUGGAGCAGUUCCUGACCAUCCUGCCCGAGGAGCUCCAGGCCUGGGUGCGGGAGCAGCACCCCGAGAGCGGGGACGAGGUGGUGGUGCUCCUGGAGUAUCUGCAGAGGCAGCUGGACGAGCGGGGGCCGCAGAUCCCAGGUGGUGUUGAGGGGCAACUACUCUGUUGUAAGGUGGCAGCGUUGACACCAGCUCAGAGGCCACGGAAUACCCAGUUGCAGCCAAUGAAGGCUUUGCUCAAGCAUGAAUCUCUGGGAUCCCAGGCCUCACCAGACAGAGUUCUCCAGGUUCCUGGGCUUGGCCCAGGAGGGCGUUGCAGAGGAGACACAGUGGUGGCUGCCAGGCUGCCCCCAGAGCCCCAGGGCUUGCUGAAAACUGAAGAUAUGGCCCUGGCUUUCUCCUCUGUGUGGACACAGCUGGAUUCAUCUCGAAGCAGCUUCCACAGAGAUGAGAGGCAGGAGAACUGUGGCGGCCCGACUCCCCUGGGUGGGGACACACAGGCUGAGAUCACGGACCUGCCCCUAGGGGAGGAACAUCCAGGACAAGAGCCUGGGGAAAUACCCUGCCACCUGGGUGAAGAAGUCUCCCGCAUUCCUGCCUGUGCAGAAGCUGGUGAACAGGAGGGCCGGUUACCAAGAAAGCAGAAAAAUGCCACAGGAAAUAGGCGGCACUAUUGUCAUGAAUGUGGAAAGAGUUUUGCUCAGAGUUCAGGCCUGACUAAACAUAGGAGAAUCCAUACUGGGGAGAAACCCUACGAAUGUGAAGACUGUGGCAAGACCUUCAUUGGGAGCUCUGCCCUUGUCAUCCAUCAGAGGGUCCACACUGGGGAGAAACCGUAUGAGUGUGAGGAAUGUGGCAAGGUCUUUAGUCACAGCUCAAACCUUAUCAAACACCAGAGAACCCACACUGGGGAAAAGCCCUAUGAGUGUGAGGACUGUGGCAAGACGUUCAGCCAGAGCUGCAGCCUCCUUGAACAUCACAAAAUCCACACGGGGGAGAAGCCAUACCAGUGUAGCCUGUGUGGCAAGGCUUUUAGGCGGAACUCACACCUCCUGAGACACCGGAGGAUCCAUGCUGACAAAAACAUGCAGGAUCCUGAGCGUGGAGAGACCUGGGAGUAUCAGGGGAGAGGGGAAGGCCAGUGGGAAAAUAACGAGGCUCCUGUGUCUUAUAAGUGUACCGAGUGUGAGAGAAGUUUCACUCAGAAUAGAAGCCUUCUCGAACACCACAAAAUCCACACUGGUGAGAAACCCUUUCAGUGUGACACGUGUGGAAAAGGCUUCACACGAACUUCCUACCUUGUUCAACAUCAGAGAAGCCACGUUGGGAAAAAAGUUCCAUCACAGUGACCCACGUCGUACAUGUGAGCUGGUGCUCAUUGCUCAUUGGCCUGAAGCCACUGGGAACCCUUUCUGACCACAGAAACUGGGCUGGGACUUUGUUUACCACUUCCCAUCAUCUUAUGUCAGAAGACAGAGUCUGGCUGAGAUGUAUUGUCUUCUGCAUUCUAGAAGGUGGGUGGGGAGCAGCUUGUUUGAUAGGAGGCUACGGGAGAGUUGUCUGGAACAGGUAGGACCUGAAAUGUUUAUUCUUACCUACUGGACUGAAAUGGGCUUUCAGACUGGCUAACCACCUCCAGCUGGCACCUUAUGAUGUCUCCUGGGCAGAAGGCUCUGUUGGGAGCUGCUGCUCUCACCGUUUUGCUUAUAAAGAAUCCUCCAUCAGUCGGUCAGAUCCAUGACAUCUUCUACUCCCCAUUGUGCCUUGAACACAGGUGCUCAUAAAAAUACAUUAAAUAUACCAGUGAGGUGACCUCCA